ACACAACUUCUUACCAUGCUGGUGAUAGGAGGAGCUGGUCCAGAAAUAUGGAAGAUGAGAAAGAAGAGUCAUGAAAGGCACACUAGCUUUAGGAAACUCCAUACCUGCAAGACGUCUCCAGAAAAGAAAAGGAAGUUAUCACCUAACUCGGUGGACGGGGACCUGAAGAAAGGAAGAGCAGACUCUUCUGGUAUAUUUAACAAAAAUGUUGACCUCAAUAAUCUGCUAUCUUUACCAAAAUCUUUCCGCAAUUCGGAAAGUGUUGUUUUGAACAGGGAGAAGAGAUGCUUAACUUCCACAUUCCAGGGCAUACAGGAAUCUCCUAUCAAGUCUUAUGUUGCAGGUGGAUCAACAGGGACAGGUGAAUCUGGCUUGACAGGUUCGCCUGCCGUGUCACCUCUCAGAGACAGCUGGAGUGAAAAGGAGGUUGCACAUGAAGGUGAUGAGGUACAUAAUAUUUGCACGUCAAGGUGGGCUAAUCUUGAUAAUUCACCUGCUGAAUUAUUAUGUUCUAAUGAUACUUCAAUCUCUGGUGUGAUUGAUUCCCUUGAACCAUUACAAAAUGUCAAACUGACUUCUGAAAUUAGGGAGUUCUGUAGAGAAGGGUCAGAUGGAAACUCGGAUAGUUCAUUCUUUGAUGAUCUAGUCAGGAACAACACAGACCUUCAAACAGAUGACGAUGAUCACAAGGAUGAUGAAGGAAACAAUCAUGCUGACAUGGAGAUGGAUGAGAUUCAUUGUGCGCACAUUGGUGAUGUAAAUGUACUUCCAGGUUGUAAAGAAGUUUCUAAUUUUGAGAAACUUAAUCGAAUAGGUGAAGGAACUUAUGGUGUUGUUUACAAGGCCAGGAACAGAAGUACAGGAGAAAUCGUUGCACUCAAGAAAGUAAAGAAGGAAGUGGAAAAGGAAGGUUUCCCUGUUUCAUUUCUACGUGAAAUAAGCCUUCUUUUGGCUCUUCAUCACCCGUCCAUAGUGCAUGUUAAAGAAGUUGCCAUGACCGGUCUUGAUGAUGUUCUUAUGGAUGAUGUCUUUAUGGUUAUGGAGUAUGUAGAACAUGACCUCAAGGGACUGAUGAAGAAGAUGAAGAAACCUUUUAGUGAAAAGGAAGUUAAAUGUUUGAUGCUACAAUUAUUGGAAGGUGUGAAGUAUCUUCAUGAUAAUUGGGUUUUGCAUCGGGACCUGAAGACAUCAAAUCUUCUUUUGAGUACAAAUGGGAAGUUGAAGAUUUGUGACCUUGGAAUAUCUCGCCGUUAUGGAAGCCAGUUGAAGCCAUAUACACCUGGCAUGGUGACAUUAUGGUACAGGUAUCAUGAUAUCCUUCUUUCUUCCAAUCUUUUUGCAUGUCCCUUGACUAAAAUUAUCUAAUAACCAAACACGAGC